AUGGCGUCCCCACGAUUUUUCUUUGCCAUAAUUCUUUCUCUGGUCCUCUUCAAUGUUGGGCUGGUCACCGCCAAGACACAAGAUCAUACCAGCCUGACUUUUGCCAAUAUUACUAGCUGUGCGGCCUCGUGUUUGCGUAAUAGCACAACCCGAUUUUGCAGCAUCGACGACACUCUCUGUCUUUGCACAAGUCCAGGCUUCAUUGCCGAUUGGAACUCAUGCACGCACAGCAAUUGCUCGCCCAAGGAUGUUCUAACAUCUCGCCGCGUUCAAGCUGCCGUCUGCCACUUUGAUCACCCUGACCAGUCUGGCGAAGAGACUGCGGUUGCUGUGUUUCUGUUCAUCAUUGUGGGAUUGUCCGUUGCCCUUCGGCUUGCUUCGAGGAGGGUGGCACGAGAGUUUUUUAUCGAUGACGUCCUCAUCUACCUGGCGACCAUAACGUCUGUUGCAUUGCUGGUGCCGCACCUCAUUGCCAUCCAGAAUGGAUUCGGCAAGCACUACUACGAUCUUCCAGACGGGGCCUUGACGAGGAUUGUUGAGCCCAUCUACAUUCUCGAAAACUUUUAUAUUGUAACACUUACAUUCGUCCGCAUCGCCAUACUAUGUCUUUACCUGCGUCUCUUUUAUCGUUUUGGAUGGUUCCGCGCCCUCAUCAUAGGGACCAUCCUCAUCAUUGUCGUCGCCAACGGGACCGUUCUAGUCCUCACCAUUCUUUCUUGCCGUCCCAUAGAGCGGAUAUGGGACACACCAGGCCCUCGCGACGCAACCUGCAUGGAUGUGCACUCUCUCAGCACCGCAGUGGCCACCCUCUCUAUUUCAGAGGACUUUUUGCUAUUACUACUGCCACUGAUGCCCAUGCUGGUCGACAGACUUAACAAGCCAUCAAUGCCCGGCUUCCUCAUCCCGCUGCGUAGCAGAGUCUACGUUGUCGGCAUGUUUGCCGUUGGCACCUUUGCGGCCACAUCGUCGGCUUACAGGCUGGACUCGUUGCUGCGAAUCGGCACAUCGUCCGACCCGAGCUGGGACUAUGUCCCCGUAGCCCACUGGUCCUUGUUGGAGUUCACGGCCGGCAUCGUCGUCGCCUGCCUCCCCGCGAUCAGAACCCUGGCCCAUAUUGUUCUGAAGAGGAGGGGAAUCACCUGGCUGGAGGACGACGACGAGGAGACCCGCGGUACAGUCUACUACAUUCGAGACGGCGCCGAGGUCAAGGAAUCCUCGCACGGCACCACGAUGAACGAUCCAGAGGCUGUGGAAAGCCAUCGAAUCAGCAAGCAGUACAAGCGCGGGUCUUGGGUCGCCAGCUCAAAGUCGCUGGCCCUGUCGAGGCCCGCUGCAGUUUACUGCCAUCCGGCCUUUGACGGUUGGGAAGAGAGCGAAUCGCCAUCCCGCGCCGACGAGGUCGAGACGACGACAUCGACAACCAUUACGCAACACAGCCCUCAGAGGCACUCUAAAGUCAGGUCGGUUGUCAGCCACCAAAUGCCCAGACGGGAAAUGAAGAGCAAUAAGAAGGACAUGGGUGCUCCUGUCAUCACAGUAGCCGAGCUCGAGGUUGAGCCUGUCCCCGAUGCAAAGAAGAAAUGGAACUUGAGGGGGAUGUUCAAGUCAUCGAGACCGCAUAGGAGGAGAGAGGACCAGGCCGACGAGUCCGGGGACGACAUAGCCGAUGAUGUUCCAAAGGAUUGGAGGCAUAGUAACUGGGGCUGA